GAAUUGCACGAUUGAAAGUCGAACGCUUCGGGUCCAGCCAGGUCCAAUGGGUGUUUGUUGAGGUGUUUGUUAAUCGGGUGCGACGUGGACUGACUUUUUGUCGAAGGAGCUGGGCUACGCUGAGUUUUCUUUGACCUCGAGGUUUCUUUUUGCUGCCUUCUCCGUUUGGCACCUUGUUCCGAUCGACGCCGUCCUCGUGCACCUAACAGUAUAGAAAAGGAGCCAAUUGAUUGCACCGUUGGCUGGCGCGCCAAAGCAGCUCCCUGAAGUCGGCAAGCUGGAGCGCUCGUUCUGGGGGCGGGAAAAGACGGGUCGAUCGAGGCAGGGUAGCGGCGUUGUGUGUGGUGUUUGCCGGGCCCGAGUGGCUGGCACGCCUGGGCUGUAGCCACCAUGGACGAGGACGAAAGGGAAUCGAACGCGAGCUCCGAAAAUGAGCAGGACGAGGUGAUGGAGGAUGUCGACGCGCCCGAGCAAGAUAAGGACAACGAGGACGACGAUCACGACCACGACCACGACCACGACCACGACCACGACGGGGACGACGACGGCGCCGACAAGCAGGCGCAGGACGACCGCGUGCCCAAGCGCAUGUCCAAGGAGGGCUCCGGGCGCGAGGCGGGCGCGGCGGCGGCGGCGGCGUCGGGGGCGUCGGGGGCGGCGGCGGCGGCAGAAAAGCUCCCAGAGACAGGCGAGCUCGGGGCAGCGGCAGGGCCCAAAGCGCGAUGGCAGUACCUGGCGCCCGAACGUGUCACUGCGCGGCUCUACGACAUUGUGCCGACCAUGGCGGCGCCGCAGGCGACGAGCAUCAACGCCUUCGCGGCCACGCCCGACCUGCGCCUCUGGAUUACGGGCGGGACCGACGGCUACGUUCGCAAGUACGACGGCAUCGGCACCAUCAACGGCAAGCAGCUGCUCACCGUGGCGCAGCGGCACCCCUUUGUCGACUCGGUCGUCAAGGCCGGCAUCCUCAUGUCGUACUGGGAGAACGAGGAACCACCGGGCGUGGGUGGGGCGGCCUCUGGCAGUGGGACGGCGGCUGGCGGCGGGGGCGCGGCGGCGGGCGGGGGUGCGGCGAGCAACGACCACAUCCUCAGCCCCGUCUACUCGCUAGCGGUGCACUCGCAGGGACUCUGGGUGCUGUCGGGCACCGAGGGCGGGGGCAUCAACCUGUCGAGCGCGCGGCACGACGAGGGCAAGCGCAUCGCCUGCCUGGCCAAGCACUCGAGCGCCGUCAGCGUGCUGACCAUGCUGCCCGACGAGAAGUCGGUGCUUAGCGGUAGCUGGGAUAAGACCAUCGCCGACUGGGACCUCAACAACGGCGAGGUGCGCCGCCGCUUCGAGGGUAGCGGCGGCCAGAUCUCGGCCGUCGAGCUGCGGCCCUCGGGCGGCGCGCUGAUCCCCCAGGCCGCAUCGUACGGCAUAGACCCGCUCGGGCCCAGGCGGGACUUUGGUGGCGGUGGUGGCAGCACCAUCAGCGGCAACAACGACCAGCCCUUUCGCAACGGCGUCGGCUCGAGUAACGGUGUACGCGGCGGCGCGGCGACGAACGGUGGCGGCGUAGCUGGUACGGGGGGUGAUGGUGGUGGUGGCGGCGGCGGCAGCGGCGGCGCCGAGGGCGUGGGCUCGGGGUUUGCGCAGAGCGCGUCGCCGGCGCACGAGUCGCUGUUCGGCAGCCCGGCCGGGUCCCUGUUUGGCGAGGACAACAUGGGCGGCGACGGCAACGGAAAUGUCUUUGGGGACGACGACGACGACUUUGGGGAGAUGGACAUGAACGGCGGACAGGGAGGCGGCGACGUGGUCAUGGGCGGGACGGACGGGACGGACGCGGGGCCCGGUGCUGGUGCCAGUGACGGACCGGCUUCGGCCAAGGCACCCGCGCCUCCUGCAAAGGCAGACGGGGCAGACGGGGCAGACGGGGCUGACGGGAAGAACAGCGCUGCGGUCAACAGGAACAGCGAGUCGUCGGCGUCGUCGCACACUAGCACCGUCAAGGACAGCCAGCCGGCGGCAGGAUCGGGACAGGACGACGCAACAGCAGCAGCAGCAGAGGCGGCCAAGCCGUCGUCGCCCAAGCAGCAGCGGCGGCAGUCCCAGGCAGGGUCGUCGGCCAUGGUGCUGACGUCUGCGACGACUCGGCACGUGGACCCCACGCAGUCGUCGGACCAGAUAUUCGCGGCGUCGUCCAUGGACGGCACCAUCCGCAUCUGGGACCGACGCAUGCAGAACCCGGCGGCGCGCAUCGGGCUCCGGCAAGGCUUACCCCCUUGGUGCAUGGGCUGCUGCUGGAGCCCCGACGGCAACAACCUGUACGCGGGCCGGCGCAACGGCACGGUCGAGGAGUACAGCAUCCACAAGGCGCGGGCCGGCUGGCUGCCCGAGCGCGCGCUCAAGCUGCCCGCGGGCAGCGGGCCCGUCAGCUGCGUGCGCGCCAUGCCCAACGGCCGCCACCUCGUCGUGGCCUCGCACGACAUCCUGCGCCUGUACGACCUGCGUGACUCGUCGGCCUUCAAGGGUUCGUCGGUGCCCUUCCUCAUCGUGCCCGGCCCGCCCCGCGCCGGCGUCAUCUCGCAGCUGUACGUCGACCCCACGGCCCGCUUCAUGGUGUCGACGGCGGGCACGCGCGGCUGGGACGGCACUUCGACCGAGACGCUGGUGGGCUACGAGAUUAACGUGGCGAGCUGAGCUGGGGGUUGGGGUGUCGGGGCGUUGGGGUGUUGGGCUGCAUGUUGAUGAUGUGUGCGUGUGUGGGUUGGAUGGGCAGGCUUGGAUAUAUCUAUGUAGUUUUUUUUAGCAACGUCCACUUUAGGUUCCCCUUUUUGUCUUGUGAUAUCAAUCUUCAAUGCUUUAGUUCUUGCUUACCGACACGGCAAAUUACCGUUUCCUUCAUAUGCUUUUUCCUUCCCACCACUACCACGAUUGUUUACUGCUAAAGCACCCACCCUUACCCUGUACCGUUUGUACCUUUUCAGUUUUGGCUACCCGAUUUUGCUUUUUGCUUUACGCUUAACUUUGCUAAUUGCCUUCGAGCUACCUUGUACUUUAUGCUUUUACCGC